AUGCGGGAUGUGAAUGUCUGUUUUUUAACUGGGAUGUCCUGGGGGUGCUUUGGAGGGGUCUGUUCCCCAGUAACCACACAGCGGUGCGUUGGCAUCACUUUAUCUCACAUCUUUGGGGCUAUUUUUGUUCGUUUUUGUACUUUUCAUGCGUUUUGCCAAGUGCUUUCAAGAGCAAGUCAUUUGAUUCUCCUCCCUGGGAGGGUGGUGUGGUUUUGGAGGGAAGGAUUUUAGUUCGUUGAUGUGUCGGACGGGGAUAAUGAUAACACCAGGAGGGCCUAUCUCGUGUCGGGGGGUGGGGGGAGGAAUCACUGUGCCCCCUCCUCAUCCAGCCAGGGAGGAUUCAGCUCAGCCUCUUCUCCUGUGACCUGGACCUGGAAAUGAGCUUGACAGAGCUACUGCGUCGAGAAAUACCAGGUGGCUUUCCCUUAUAACCCCUCUUACUGCGGCCACUGAGACAGCCCUGUGCAGUGGGAGUAUGAGAAAGGAGGCCAGCCGUGUGAUCAGAAGGGCGGAGUUCUUUGUCUGAGUUCCACGGAAGGCAGAAUGGGCUGAGCUGGGACUGACCUAAAUGUCGACCAAAGGAGUGGUUUUCACCUUGAAAGUCACUGCCGGACUAGUUCCUGGUGAGAAAUAAUCCAGAGCAGGAAGAGCCUGCAUGUCCUCUUUGGCUGCAAGAGGAGGUUACUAUCCGUGCUGUCUGAGGCUCGUCUCUACUCCAUCAGUGGGCGAGACUCCGUGAAGUCGUCCAGCAUGCUCUGCCCACCCCACGCCGAGGCGCACUGACCAUGAGCCUCAACUCCUCCCUCGGCCACAGGAAGGAGCUGAGUAAUCUCACUGAGGAGGAGGGCGGCCCCGGGGGUGGCGGCGUCACUGAGUUCAUCGCCAUCAUUAUCAUCACCAUUUUCGUCUUCCUGGGCAACCUGAUCAUCGUGGUCACAUUGUACAGAAAGUCCUACCUCCUCACCCUCAGCAACAAGUUCGUCUUCAGCCUGACCCUGUCCAACUUCCUGCUGUCCGUGUUGGUGCUGCCUUUCGUGGUGACCAGCUCCAUCCGGAGGGAAUGGAUCUUUGGCGUGGUCUGGUGCAACUUCUCUGCCCUCCUCUACCUGCUGAUCAGCUCGGCCAGCAUGCUCACCCUUGGGGUCAUUGCUGUCGACCGCUACUAUGCUGUCCUGUACCCCAUGGUGUACCCCAUGAAGAUCACGGGCAACCGAGCCGUCAUGGCACUUGCCUACAUCUGGCUUCACUCCUUCAUUGGCUGCCUGCCGCCUCUGUUUGGCUGGUCAUCGGUGGAGUUUGACGAGUUCAAGUGGAUGUGUGUGGCUGCGUGGCACCGGGAGCCUGGCUAUACCGCCUUCUGGCAGAUCUGGUGUGCCCUGUUCCCCUUUCUGGUCAUGCUGGUGUGCUAUGGCUUCAUCUUCCGUGUGGCCAGGGUCAAGGCACGCAAGGUGCACUGUGGCACCGUGGUCAUCGUGGAGGAGGACGCGCAGAGGAACGGGAGGAAGAACUCCAGCACCUCCACCUCCUCCUCGGGCAGUAGGAAGAACGCCUUUCAGGGUGUGGUGUAUUCGGCCAACCAAUGCAAAGCUCUCAUCACCAUCCUGGUGGUCAUUGGUGCCUUCAUGGUCACCUGGGGCCCCUACAUGGUUGUCAUCACCUCUGAGGCCCUCUGGGGGAAGAACUAUGUCUCUCCGACCCUGGAGACCUGGGCCACAUGGCUGUCCUUUACCAGUGCCAUCUGCCACCCCCUGAUCUACGGACUCUGGAACAAGACGGUUCGCAAGGAACUACUGGGCAUGUGCUUUGGGGAUCGGUAUUACCGGGAACCGUUUGUGCAGCGGCAGAGGACUUCCAGGCUCUUCAGCAUUUCCAACAGGAUCACAGACCUGGGCCUGUCCCCACACCUCACGGCGCUCAUGGCAGGCGGGCAGCCCCUGGGGAACAGCAGCAGCACUGGGGACACCGGCUUCAGCUGCUCUCAGGACUCAGGCACGGAUGUGAUGCUGCUCGGGGACUACCCGUCUGAGGAGACCCCGCCCUCCCACUGCACUUGCCCACCCAAGAGGAGGAGCUCGGUGACCUUCGAGGAUGAAGUGGAGCAGAUCAGAGAAGCUGCCAGGAACCCUGUUCUUCACGUGAGAGCCGAAGUGCACAAGUCCUUGGACAGUUACGCAGCCAGCUUGGCCAGAGCCAUAGAGGCCGAGGCCAAGAUGAACUUAUUUGGGGAGGAGGCUUUGCCGGGGGUCUUGCUGGCCGCACGGACCGUCCCGGGGGCUGGCUUCGGGGGCCGCCGAGGCAGCAGGACCCUGGCCGGUCAGAGGCUGCAGCUGCAGAGCAUCGAAGAGGGCAACGUUCUAGCUGCACAACAGAGAUGAGGGCCUCCGGGUGGACCAUCCCUGGAGGGAGGCCUGUUACCGUGCGUGCCGAGGCCCUGGGAGCAGCCUCUGGUGUGCAGCCAUCAGAAAAAAACACUGAAAACAAUGUCUGUCAGUGACUUCAGUGUCUGUCGUGAGACCACACUGGGCUUCCCGUCGGUCCCAGGGCUGGGACUGGAGGCAUGGAGAGCACAAAGCAAAGCAGGCGUGGCUGGGACUUUGGGGAGGUGGGCAGAGAGGGGCUGGAGACCAUGGCUUGGAAGACUGCCCUGUGGGUCAUUUCCUCUUCUCCACAGCCUGUGUCCCGGGAGUCCAGCCAUGCGCGGUCCCAGGGGCCCCAGGAGGUGAGCCCUUCCCUGUGCACUCGGAGGACGGCACCUCUUCUGCAUGAUUGACGCGGGCCAUGGGGGGCCGUCCGUUCUACACUAUAAAUGGUCCCCUGAUGGGAACCGGGGAGGACCCCCAGAUUGCAUUCCUAUACCUCGCGUCCUGAUUAUGACCUCACCUCUGGUGGAACCACCUGCUUGUGCUGGGCCACUGGCAGGGGCGACAGGCCUGGGGCGGCUAUGGCUGAGGAUGGGGCCCAUUGUGCCCACCUUCCUAUUGACUGAUUGCUUGUUAUUUCAAAAUAAGGGAGAAACCACUGUAAAAGACAGGAGGAAGGAGCAGAUACCAGAUGCUUCAUUUCCAGAAUUACAAAAAGCAGUCCAUUUGGUUAGGACACACCACGAUCUUACAGAGGCUGACCGAGGCAAUGGAGGCUGUUGUCACUGGAGGGAACCCUUCACAUAGGAAAACCUCAUGGCGUGGAUUCUGUUUGUGAUGUGUGACUGCCCAGUUAGACUGGCCAGCCUCUGAUUGCAUGGGGAACACUGCCAAGAGCAGCAGCUACUCUGUCCCUGUCCAGGGCAGCUCAAGACAAGACUAGAAAGAACGCUGGACCUGGAGUCAGCAACCUGCCUCCUGGCUGGGCUCCACCUCACCUUAACACGUCAUUUGGGACUUCUGGUCACCUAUAGGCCACCUGGAAAAUGAGCUAAGGGAGCAGACAGUUGGAUUGACUGAUGGCCAGGAUCAUUUCUAACUUGGAUCUUUGAUGUUCUCUGAAUUUGUAAGUUAGGGGUAGGAAAGAAUAGUGGCCAUGGACCAGCAUUUGCACAGCUUUUGAGCGUGGCUCCUAAUGAGCUGUGAAGCACUGCCGGCCUAGGUGUGCUGGCUUAUGCGACUUGUCUGUUGAGAGCAUGGUCCUGAAAGGAUGCCAACUGGCAGGACGGAUAAAUGGGGAAGGAGGCCACCUCCUUAGAGGUGGAAGUAGGGCCACAGGAUUGUGAUUCAGAUGGUUAGAUCGCCCCUCCCCUUUGAACUGGGAUGGCAAUUGAAGUGUGAGCUUGGAGUAGCAGCUGUGGCGACUUGAUCCACCUGUGCCCCUCCUCCAGCCUGGGUGAUGAAAUCAUCCGAGUGCAGGGCUUUUCUCCACCUUCAGAAUUCUAGCUGGUCAGCAGACGGCGGAUUCCGAGGAUAUCUGGCUGCAUCUGCAGUGAGGCAGCCGUUCUCCAAGGUGAAUUAGCUUUGCGGUGUUGCUCUGGGGUCUGGCUAGCUCUCGGUGAGGCAGAACGAGUGGUUGGCUGGUCCUCUGGCCUGCAAUUUACAAAAGACCUUUCCUGAGACCUGGGGGCCUUGCUACCUUUAUGCUGAUCAAACUCAUCAGCAACUUUUGUGGGUCAGCUGGGUGCCAGGUGCUGGUCUGGGUUCCGAAUGGGCGUGGGAAGGAGCAGAUGGCUUUUCCAGAGGAGCAGGGGGCGGUUUCACUCGUGGGUUCUGCUGAUGAGAUGUGCAGGUCGAUCAGACUGCUCUCACCACGGGGUGGCAUUCCUAAAUCCGAGGGCAUUUUAUGUUUUCUCUGUAUAACUUUUCUUAGCACUUGUCUAGCUUCUAAAGGGGCCACAUUCCUGAGCGCCUAGUAUGCACUGAGGUGGAACAGGGAAGAGAGAUCUUUACCUCUAGAUUGGAAUAACCCAGGAUGCUUCCCCCCACCCAACCCAUUAGGCCUUUUUGAGUGCUAUAAAGUGGCUUGGGACCCAUGCAUUGGAGAGUGCUUCCCCUGCACUGUACUUGGCUGGGCUCUAGGGAGAGUCUGGAGACCCCCAGGUCCCCACCAGCUGACCCCAGACUAGCUGGGAUACACUAGAAUUUACCCUAAGCUCAUCUAGAAAUACUGCACUUCACAAAAGCAUGCACUGCGUUUCCCCUUUCCUAAAGUCAUCUACCAGACACUGCACGUCCAGCAUGCGCAAGGCCCCAGGCUGGGCUCUGUGAACAGUAACACUGAAGCAUUUUCACUCUAAUGGAGGAAGAGACCUGGGGGAGACUGAGGCUAGUAAAUAGCAAAAUCAAGUAAUGAUUGUAGAACUGUGGGCUCCAGAGGGAGGUGACUAUUUCCAACUCGAGGAGUUCGGGACAGCUCCGUGCAGGAGGUGACAGUUUGAGCCAAGCCUUGGAGGGUAUCUGGCGGCUGGAACCAUAUUUUGCAUAUUUGGGAAUUCAGGUUUUUCCUGAUUCAGCUUGAGAGAGAGCAUGCAAGAAGGAGGUGAAUGAGGAGAAGAAGCAGAGAUAAUCCUUAUAUAUUCUGAGGUUUCUGAGAGGCAUUUUUGAGGACACUUGUCCUUAGUGCAAAAGGUCAAAACCCCAACUGCCCCCCGCUGAACCCAGGUCCAUCAGCUGUAUUCUGUGCGCUGGCAGCCCGAGGCCUGCCUGAGGAGGCCACCUGGACAGUGCCCGGUGGGGCAUUUGGCUAUUUAUUUACUUAAAAACCUUAGUCCUGCAUCUUCUGGUGUUGACAGGACCACGUUUAGGACUUUUUCCCAUCUCUACUUCUUUCAUUGAGAUUGCUGUUUGACCAGGUCCCCGUGCUGUGCCCCCGAUACCAUGUUUGUGACCCAGCACACUCCAGAGCACACAGCUCAACCCCUAGCCGUUUCCCAGGCCAGACGCACCAGGACUGGAGUUCAGGGCCUUGGGCGAUAGGUGGCAGCAGCUUGGCUGUGAUGCUGCUGGCAGUUCCUGAAAGCAAAGAGCUAAGGGUAAACCGAAGGCUCCGUUUGCUUCUGGCGUAGAGCUCUUCCUCUCAGUCCUUGUGUCCUCUGCAGUCCUCAGCCUUGAAGGGACCACCCAGCUAGCUUGCUUCCACAUGUGACCCCAUUCAGGGUUGCAGGCACCGCAGCUGUGUGAGCUUAAGCAAACCGCUGGUGUCUAAGAGGGACUGAAGAAUGUAGGAUGACGCCCAUCCAUGCUAAUGUUCUUUGAUCCUCAUUUAAGGAGCUGCUGUGUACUGAGCGACCGGCGAGCCCAGCUCAAGUAUUUGCAACAGGCCAGGGUGGUCUGUGGGAUGGGACAGUGGGGAGAGUGCCUUCAUACAAUGAGAGAUCUUCCUGCCGUUCGGAGUUAAUACUAUGAGUAUCCUCCUGUCCUGACAGUUGGUCCUUGAUAUAUUUGCAGAUUAGAGACAGGUCUCUGGAUGGACCACAGGAAACACUCACGAGAAGGGUUCUGCCUUGAGCCCCGGCUCUCCAGUCUGGAAGGUACUGUGGGCGUGAUGUGGCUACAGAAGGGUGAGGCGGGGAACUAGCAUGUAUUGAGUGCCUACUGUGUGCCUGCCCUGCUGAGAUAUCUGAGUGCCUGUCAUGCACUUGGCAUUAGGCACCUUCAAAUGCUGUAUCUUACUGCAGUCAGUGCGACCGUGAUACAGUAGAGACAGCACAGGCUUUGGUAUGCCGAGUUCUGGGUUCAGAUCCCACAUUGCUGCUUAGUAGUGAGGUGUCCUUGGGCUGGUUACUCAGCCUUGCAGUUUUCUCAUCUAGAAAAUGAACUUUGUAGUCUGUUUCUGUGUGAGGACACAGAAGCCGGGGGGCCUCCCUCCCAGGUGUUACGUGGAUUAAAGCAUCCAGCACAGUACCUGACGCAGGGCCACUGCUGUUCCUCCUCACCCUGUGGGUGGGUGCGUUAUUCUUGCUUUCCAGGGCUAUGAUGGGAAGUGAGACUCUUGGAAAGAUAACUGUUACCCUGGAUAGGAGGUGUUGAAGGUUGUUGCCAUGGGAAUCAUCAUGUUUGCAGUACAGGACGGAAGGAUCUUUUGGGAAGGGAUGUUGUGAGAAGGGAGAAGGCAACAGCGAGGAGGGAGGAAAGGCUACGUAGCACCUGGAGUUCGGGAGAUCUGAAGGAGUGAACCUGAGCUUUCCUGUUCCUAGCUGUCAGAGACGAUGGAGCCUCAUGGCUGGGUGGCUCUGGGAUCAAAGAACAAGCUCAGCCUUCACCUCCCUUAUAGCCUGGAAGGGACGCCCUCCCCAAGAUGUGACCUGGGUUCUAAGGACAGCUCUGUCCUGCAGUGACAGUGACUGUGUGGCCGUGGCUCUUGGGUUCACAGACUCUCUGACCCUGUGAGCCCCGAGGAAAGAGGCAGCGCGGGGCAGGGGUCCAUGCUGCCACCCAGUGUACCCAGAACCCCGAUGACGCCAGUGGGAGAGAGAGGAGCAGUCACAACUUUCACCCUGAAGCAAAGGAAAAUGGCUGUGACCCCAAGAGGGGACAGAGACAGACUGGCCUGGGUUCGGGACAGAUAUACCCAGAAUCCAAGGAGGCCUCGGGAAGUAAAGGGAAUUUCCUGACUCAGGGCCAAGUGCCAGCUCUUGGCCUGUGACUGAGAGCAGGAAAGAGCCGGCUUUGCAGCCCGAAGGGGAGGGGUGCAGGUUAGUUCACAGUCGCCGUCAUUGGAAGAAUGGGCCAGCAAGGCUGUAUUAGGCGGGUAGCAAGAACUGUUGUAAGCCAAGGAGCCUGGGAGGUUGGAAUGUCUGCUUGCCAGACCUAAAAACAAAACAAAACAGAACUCUGCAACCCUAAAGAAAAUGACUGGUUGGAUUCACUGGAAAGAAUUCAAAGCACAAACUCAAAUCUGCAUCCGAUUACCAGGAGCACAGUUCUGCUCAGUGUUACUUUUAGGAGAACGUAACAUGCAAAGCUGGGUUCAUUUCCCCCGGAAAGCAUUUUCCUGAGCAGUAUUAGUGGCUUAGGAAUUAGAGGCCACUUCUGUUUUUCCUUUUGAUGCAGCCAUUUUGAACUAUCAUUUAUCAUAGGCGAGUCCGCCCCUCCCAGAGGAGAAGGCAGCCCCAGGGAGGAGCGCAGGUCUGGGCAGGGGAGGCCCCGCUGAGAGUGCCUGGAAAUAGCUCUCAGUCAGUGGUGUAGACCUGCUCCAGGGACAGAGUCCUCUGCUGUGUUCUGAUAAUGGAGCCCCAGAUGCAAAAGUGGUUAAAAACCAACCUUCAAAGCAAAAUAAAGACAAGCUAAUCCUGAAA